AUGGACCAGAGGAACCAAAGUAAGCACUGUGCAUUCCAUAGUGAUUUCAGCCACCUAACCAAUGAUUAUAGGAGUCUGAGAAGACAGGUGGAGGAAUUGGUAACUAAAGGCGAAUUGGCAGAUUACCUGGUUAACUCAGGCCGACAAAGGAUUCAACUCAAGCAAGCCCAUAAGCUACAAAGGGUCAAAGAGAUCAACGCAGUCAAAUACAAGCUGAGUUCUACGCAAAUUUCCUUCCAUGAAGGAGAUUUCAAGAGGAUACAGCUUCCACAUGAGGACCCACUAGUGAUCGGCCUACUAGCAGCAAAUUGUUUAGUCAGCCAUAUACUGAUUGAUCUUGGUAGCAAUGCCAAUAUCGUAAUGAAGUGGACAUUUGACCAACUGAAGUUGGCUAUGGAUCAGGUUUGCCCCACCAGAAACCCCUUGGUAGGGUUUGAUGGAAGAAGGGUGGAACCCAUAGGCGUAAUCACGCUAUCGGUCAUUGCGGCCAAAAGAUCCUUGAAAAAAAACUUUGUGAUUGUGGAUAUCCACCUGACCUAUAACCUUUUAAUGGGUCAAGGAUGGAUCCAUCGUAUGGAAGGAGCCCCAUCGACUUUGCAUCAAGUCAUGAUAUGUGUUAGCCCCAACGAGCUAGAAGUUAUUGAUAUAUGGGGGGAUCAGGUGGCAGCAAAGGAGUGCUACCACAUUACUAUUUGUUCAACCGAUAAGGGAAAUCAAUUGUCGAAAUAG